UACUUGUGUCCGAGUCGCAUAUGUGCUCCUUUUCCUUGGAUCGCCUUUUACCGCGAUUGGUGGCGCACUCGUAGCAGUAAAGCGCAGAGCAGUGCUUUGUGUAGGCAAAAGAUGAUCGAGGUCAAGGGGAUUAGGAGGGCAAGAGGAGGAGGAGGAGGAGGAGGAGAAGGAGAAGGAGAAUGAGGGGGGAGGUAGGUGUGCGCCAGCCGCUAUCUUCCCUUCCGAGUGGCAUUGUUCAUGGGAGGAGACCCAUGCCUCUUUGACACUGUCUAGCUUCUCUACCUGCGCCUCUCUCACCUUAUUUAUGUGGCUCGCGCGACACUACUCCGGACUGACGAUUCCCCACUUUUCCCUUCCUGACCAACAGCAACAGAGGCUCACGACGCUCAUGUCCUGGCGCCAACUUGGCCCGACAUCACCAGGUGCACGCUCCUCUGGUUCACGCUUUACCACGGCACACUCUCGAGAAGCACACCUUCACCAAAAACCACUGCAGUAUAAUUCGACUGACGACGACGAAGUUGGUCCAGUCAUAGAUCAAGACGGUAACGACGAAGGAUUCUCGCAUUCAUCACCUUCUAAGAUGUCCGUGGUCGCCGCAUCAGGCCUGCCAAGCAGGAUUGCAGCCGACGAUGUCGCCUCUGCGCGUCCGUCCGAUCGUCACCAUCCAUACCUCUCCCGUGGUCAUCGCCCUAGAUCUUCGAUGCCCAUGAUGUCGAGGGCGGCGAGCGGUGAUGAACUUCGGCUUCCACCCUUGACGACAUUAAUCACCGCAACGUCCAGCCGUGAUGCUUCGUCAACAUCCAGUCCUUCACCCGCCUCAUAUGACUCCUUCAGCGUGCCCUCGCCCUCACUUAUGACUUCGCAGAGCUACAACACCCGGGCGCCAUCACCUACUUCGUCCGUUGCCGCCUCCCCUCCGUUGGACUGGCGAAGAGGUGGCCAAGCAGACGAAGCAGCUUCGACCUCAUCGGCCUCCUCCAAUCCGUUGCGGGUUCAGCUGCCGCCUUUGGCUUCUCUCUCCAUCGCACAAGCUUCCAGCACUACCGCAUCACAACGGCCGAAUAUCAGCAGCAGCAAGUCUCUCUCAGCCAUCUUACCCGAUUCAGCAACUGGAGGUUCUCUUUCCAAUCUCUCACCCUCUCUCGACGGUGUUCUGGCCCAGGGACCACGGCUGCCGCCAAUCAUGUCGUCGAUCUCACCCCGUGCCAUUCCCUCCCCCAAUUCGUCUCUGAACGAUGCUUCAUUGAUGGAGAGUGACAGGCUGUCGAUGGGCGAGAAUGAAGUCUCACAGUCGAGCUUUGGGCCUGUUCGUACUCGCAACGCUGGGUCAACAGUGCACCACGAGGCCAACCGUAGCCGGAAGUCAACACCAACCUAUUCGUACGGCGGCUCUGCGCCUGCUCAUGUCCAAUCACACCGCUCGCAUCUCUCCACGUCAGCUUCUCAUCAUCCGAGUUAUGACCGCCCUUCAUUAGGUCUGCUUCAGGACAUCUUCGUGCAGGCAUUUCAACUCAAUGAUGAAUACUUCGGCGGUGGUCGCGGAGCACGGCAGUUGCCUUCGUUGCGGGACAAGGGUGGUUCGGCGCUCUUGAUGAUGAUUCGUCAAGAGGUCGAGAUUCUCGCGCAGCGUGAUCCGCAGCUCGCCGACCAGCUUGCCUAUGAUGCGGGCUUGGCGGGGCCCCAGUCUCCUCCUGUUGAGCCCGAGCCCUUUGCGCCUUUCCAAGCGAAGAGGAAUCGCGUGCGUUCGUCGACAAGCUCGUCCGAUGUCGAUCAUCCGUUCCAACAUCGUAUGCAACAGUCCUACUUCGGUAAGCACGGCGUGCAUGAUCGAAGAGCGGGAGAAGACGACGAUGGAGACGUCGCAGCAAUGGGCGACUACAGCACAACGCGAGGACAGCCUCUUCUUCCGCCUCUCCACAGCCAACACUAUCACCACCACCACCAGCUACAACAGCAACAGCAGCAGCAGCAGCAGCAGCAUUUUUCACAGUCUCAGUACAACCAAGUACAGCGGCCGUCAUCGUCGAGCCCUAGGCAGCCGCAGCAUUUCACCGCUCCCAUCGCUUCUGAGCCUUCGUCGUCACCUCACGCCUCGUCCAGUGCAGGCAAUCUUGUUCGAACUCAGUCGAAACCGAACGCAUCCAGCCAACCUCCCAAGCGAGUCCGGAAGCGUAAAGAUGAAGCGGAGCAAUCAUGCUUGAGCUGCUCUGCUACCGAGACUCCCGAAUGGCGUAAAGGACCUACCGGUCCACGUACGCUUUGCAACGCUUGUGGGCUGCUUUUCGCAAAACAGUCUAGGCGAAGGGAGCAGGACGCCCUUGCGCGCGGCGAUCGUCCUCUGAAGGGCCGUGCGUCUGCGCAGGACGAAAUGACGGAAGAGGAGAAGCAGAUUAACCUUCAGGAACUUCGGUUGGCUGUCAAUGCUCGAUCAUUGGGAACAGCAGGCCCUUCGACAAUGGCGACUACGACGACGACUGUGACAACGGCGACGCCACCUUUUGUCGCUCCUGCUCCUGCUGGUGUGGCACCACCUGCCGACGCGCCUCACCCGCUCUAUGCUCGUCAACAUUCACCGCCGUCAUCGCGCCUCAAUUCUCGCCUUCCGCCUCCUUCGCUCCCUGGCUCCGGCUCCUCGACGCGGUGGCACGAAUCUCCCGACGCGUCUGCGCGCCGUCACCAAUAUCACUCUCGGUCCUUCCCUCCCCCACACAUCACGAUGUCGCGCGAUGUCUCAAGCGAGAGCAUUAUCGGCAACACAAGAAGACAUCCGCUGCCUCCGUCGUCCUUUGAGCAAGAAGAACACGAUGAACUCGCCGAAGACGUUGCGAUGACAUGAUUGGAUUCUACGUCUAUCUCAAAAAGGUUUUCCCCCAACGUGCGGAAAGACCAAGUGCAACCGAGACCGUCAGACGGUCAAGGCCCUCUUAAAAGGAGACUUGUCUAAUACGGUGCGAGAAAAACAAGGCU